GUCAUAUAAAAGAAGGAUACGGAUUAUCGUGGAAUCCAUUAAAAGAGGGUCAUAUAUUAGAUGCGUCCGAGGAUACCACGAUUUGCCAUUGGGACAUUACUGGGUAUACUAAAGAAACACGAACGAUGGAACCAUUCCGCAUUUAUCGAGGCCAUGAAGCAUUUGUCGAGGACGUAGCAUGGCAUAUACUGGAUGAACAUCUAUUUGCUUCUGUUGGUGAUGAUCAGAAGUUGCUUAUCUGGGAUACACGUUCAGAAAAGACUGAUAAACCUGCCCAUUCGGUUAUUGCACAUCAAAGUGAAGUUAAUACUUUGGCAUGGAAUCCAAUGAAUGAAAAUAUUUUAGUAACGGGUGCUGGAGAUAAG